AGGACAAACUGGAAAAUUACCAAUAAAAAAACCUACUGAGUCAGCAUUGGGAGUUUAUGGGAACAGCAAGAUUGGUUAAAACAAACUUCGUAGAAGCACUUAAAUCUAUGGCAGAUGACAUUGGUAUUGGGAAUUUAAAUGUAUGUCCACCAGUAUGUCGUUCAGAUGUACCUUUUGUGGUUGAUUCCAGAUCCCAUUGUUGAUUUAUAUUUUUUGAAAACAAGCAAAAGAAAGAUGUCAGAGGAUGUAGUGGAGGAGAUAAAAGCUCGGCAGGGUCACAUAUGGGGAGGCUAUCUACAAAUUUAUACUGACGGAUCGAAGGAUCCUGAGAGUGGUAAAGUGGCUUUUGGUAUUAGCAUACCUGAAAUAGGUUAUAAAAAAGGAUGUAGGAUUUCAGAUCGCUUAUCAGUGUUUACUGCAGAGUUGGUGGCAGUUCUAUGGGCAUUAAGGUGGGUUGAAGAUAACAAACAGGAACAUUCUGUCAUAUGUAGUGAUUCAGCUGCAUCCCUAAUUACAAUUAAAGGUACCAAAACUAAGUCCAGGCCUGAUGUGCUUGUGGAGAUUAUGCAGGUGUUGUAUAGACUUCAUAAAGCAGGGUAUGAGGCGGGGUUUAUGUGGGUUCUUGGCACACAUUGGUGUGGAAGGUAAUGAGGAGGCAGAUGAGGUGGCAAAGAAAGCAGUGCAGGAGGAAAGAGUUCAAAUUAAUGUGCAGUAUGGGUCACCAGACUACACUGAAAUAAUUAAUAGGUCAGUAAAAGAAAUGUGGCAAAAUUCAUGGGAUUGUGAAAAGAAGGGGAGAACGUAUUAUUCAGUACAAAGAAUGGUAGAGAAGAGAUGCAGUAGUUUUAUCCAGACUGAGGCUUGGCCACUGUGGGCUGAGGAGUGGGCUGGCUCUGAUUUGUAAACAUCCUGAUGGAAAGUGUGAAUGUGGAGACAAGGAAACAGUGAAGCCUGUAUUAGUGCAGUGCAGGAAGUACUCUCGGCAGAGGAAGAAAUUGUUCAGAGAACUGGGUGCAAUUGGAGAAACUGUUUUUACUUUACGCACUUUAUUGAAUUUGGAUAGUUGGAGCAAAGGGAAGAAACUGAUGGAGUACUUGCGACAUAUUGGAGUAUAUAAUAAGAUGUAGCUAAUUAUAAUUAUUUCUACUUGAGGUGUGGAUAGCGAGUAGAGACCAGAGGAGGGCAGCAAUACGCCAUAGAUGCGUCUAGCCUGCCGGAAAUAAGAAGAAGAAGAAGUAGAGAAGAAGUAGAAGUUUCCGUAGCUUCCGACCGUUUCGUCUUGUAUUUUUGUAUUGCUGAGUGCCUAAUUCUAGGGCCGUUACUGCAGCUCAGCUGACAGACAAGGGGUGCUGUUGAGUUGGUUGUAACGAGUUGAAGAAAAAAGAAGAAGCGGCAAAAAAAUAAAUAAAUAUGGCUUCCACCUGGUCGGCACCAACUGAGGAGCUCUCCUGUCCGGUCUGUCGGGAUAUUUUUAAAGAUCCUGUUCUUCUUCCUUGUAGCCACAGCUUUUGUAGUGCCUGUGUGCACAAAUGGUGGACAACGAAACAACGACGUGAAUGUCCCGUUUGCAAGACACUGUCUCCGACUAAAGUGCCACCACCUCGCAACCUGGUGUUGAAGAACCUGUGCGAGGCUUUUCUACUGGAGGUGGACUCUGGGGUUUUCUGCCGCCUCCACGCCGAGAAGUUCAAGCUCUACUGCCUGGACCACCAGACGCCUAUCUGUGUUGUCUGUAGAGAUUCAAGCCAACACAAAAACCACAGCUGCGUCCCCGUCAACGAGGCAGCAGAGUCUCACAGAAAGGAUCUCCGGGAAUACCUGAAAACUAUACAGGAGAAAGUGGAACUCUUCGAAGAAGUAAAACUGAACUGGGAAAAGACAGAUGGACCCAUUUGUAAUGAAGGUUUUAUCACAGAACAGAAGAUAAGAGAGGAGUUCAGGGUGCUUCAGCAGUUUUUGCUAACCGAGGAAGAGGUCAGGAUUGCUGCACUGAAGGAAGAAGUGAAGCAUAAAAGAAAUAUUAUAAAGGAGAAGAUUGCGGUUUUGACCAGUGAGAUAAAUGCCCUGUGUAAUACUGUCCAAACCAUAGACGCGGGGUUGAGAGAUGUUGACGACACGUCAUUCCUUUUAAAAGUCGAUGCUUUAAAGAGCGCCGCUCACCUCCCCCUGCCGGAUGACCCGGAGGAGGUCACAGCAGGAGCCCCCAUCGACGUUGCCAAAUACCUGGGAAAUCUGAGCUUCACCAUCUGGUGCAAAAUGAAGGAGAUAGUGUCCUACACCCCUGUCAUCCUGAACCCCAACACCGCCCAUCCAGAGAUCCACCUGUCUGAAGGUUUGACCAAUGUAAGACGUGGACCCAAACAGACUCUUGUUGCAACCCCAGAGAGGAUGGAGCAGCACCGCAGCGUCUUGGGCUCUGAGGGCUUCACCUCAGGGAGUCACAGCUGGGAGGUGGAGACUGGAGACAAUCAUGUAUGGGCACUGGGUGUGAUGGCACAAGAUGCCCAGAGGAUGGGAGACAACGGGUCUGGCUUAUGGAUGGUGAGGUUUAGCAACAGUAAAUACACAGCAUUCUCCCCAUCGUGCCCAGAGUCUGUCCUCCCGCUGAAGCACCGACUCCAGAGGGUCAGAGUGCACCUGGACUGGGACGGAGGGGAGCUGUCCUUCUUGGAUCCAGAUACCAACAUUGCCAUACACACCUUCACACACAAAUUCACCGAAAGGCUGUUUCCGUACAUCAACACCUGGAGUGACCGCCCACUUAAGAUAUUGCCAGUGAAGCUCUCUGUAACCAUAACAUGGUAGUUAGUUGGAGAACUACAAGAUGAGAACGAUUUGGUGAUGUACCUGCUUUCCAUCUGUAAAAAGAGAGAAGAUAAUAUUACUUCUUUUUUAUUUUUCAUCAAGCCAGAACUUGUUUUUAUCUCUGUGAGUGUAUCAUUGCAGCAACAAAAGUAAUGGGAUACAGUGGAGAAUCUGAACACCGCAGAAUGCACAUGAAUAAUGCAAAUUACUGUAGGUCAAGAUUGCAGCAGUAUUGGGAACAUUUAAUAAUAGAGUAUUGUAUACCCAUAGAUGUUUGCAAUGUUACAUACACUACAAACUAGAAACUACCAAAAUGCACGAUUAGUAACUGAAAGAAUUAUGCAGAACUUCAUAAAAAUAAGUCGUCUGAACCAUGAUCAUUAUGCUGUGGUUAGAUCACACUUUAUACUUGAGUUGGGGCCUUUUCCUGCUAACCAGUUGGUAGAUUUUACGUAUUUGGCCUCUUUGUUAAUGUUUUUGUUUCUCUACCACACUGUUGAAGUGCCUUAUACUACAUUUAUAUGCGUAACUUUGAAUGGAUGCACUAAAAGUGUACAAGUUAAUUUAAUAGACAAAAAAAAAGCGUUAUCUUUGUUAAGUUUCCAUCAGAGUGGUGGUGGUCUGCCUCACACACUAGUAUUGAACAGUCAAAGAGUUUUGAUUGAUUGUAUUUAUUUCUCUGCUACACUGUUGGUGAGCCUUUAUUUGUUACGGGAAAAAAAUGCAAUGCAUAACCUUGACUGAAUGCACUUGUAAGUGUAUAAAAGGGGGAGAAAUUUAAUUGUAUAGCCAAAAACAAUAGUUGCCCAUCAGAGUGGCUCUAGUAUUGAACAGUUAAGAGUUUUGAUUAAUUGUAGGCUAUUUUUUCGCUACCAUGCUCUUUGUUUGUUCCAAAGACAAUAAAACACUUUGUCUCUGAAAAAGAGUCAAUUAUAAUACAUGAUUUCUUUCUUUAUUCUCUUUAUUUACAGUGUCGUAAAUCAUGGUAUGAUUAGUCAUUUGUUUUUGUACAUGCUUCUGCCAGCAUAUGAUUCUUAAUUAACAACGCACAGAAUGAGCAUUUGCAAUUAAGUUAUUUUGCUUAACUUCAAUAGACCGUGAUGUUCAAUUUCAUAUUCUGUGCUCCUAAAUUGAGCCUUCUCCCUGUCUGAUUACAGCUGUCUCUCCAGCAUUCAUUGCUUUAUGAGUUUGUGUUUUUUUUAAAUAAAGAAUUUCCAUAUCCAUUGUG